GAGCUGUAGUCCCCGGAGCCGGAAGUGGGGGUGGCCGGGAUUGAAGCAGCCGACGAGGCGGCAGUAGCUGCCGCUGCCGCCACCCGAGUAUAGCGCAUCACCCGGAACCCACCGGCCGCAGGUGCUUCCUACGGCCCCAGGGGCCCCCGGGAGCCCGGAAGAGCGAAGCGGCAGGGACGUCUUCUCAGGCGAAGAGGCGGCCUUGCCGCCCCGGAUGCGGCCGGAGAGCGCGGGCAUGGAGCUCGGCGGCGGCGAGGAGAGCCUGCCCGAGGAGAGCAGAGAUGGGGUCUCGCCAUGUUGCCUAGGCUGGUCUCGAACUCCUGGCCUCAAGGGAUCUUCCCGCCUUGUCCUCCCAGAGCACUGGAAUUACAAGCAUGAGCCUCUGUGCCCGGCCAGUAGCAUCAUUUUAAAAAUGAAGGAUGAAACUUUUCAGUAUAUUUUCUGAGGGAGCACUGGCAGUUGCUUGGUAAUUUGAAGACUACGGUGGAAGGCUUGGUAUCAGCCAACAGCCCCAAUGUCUGGUCCAAGUGUGGUGGCUUGGAGCGGCUUUGCAGGGACAUGCAGAGUAUCCUCUAUCAUGGGCUUAUCCAUGACCAGCACGUGUGCUGCCGCCAGACUGAUUACUGGCAGUUUGUGAAAGAUAUCCGGUGGCUCAGUCCCCACUCAGCCCUUCAUGUGGAGAAGUUCAUCAGCUUGCAUGAGAACGGCCAGAGCAGUGCUGAUGGUGUGAGUGAACACGCUGUUGCAGAGCUGUGGCUGCAGCACAGCCUGCAGUUCCACUGCCUCUCAGCCCAGCUCCGGCCCCUGCUCGGGGACAGACAGUACAUCAGAAAGUUCUACACAGAUACUGCUUUCCUGCUAAGUGAUGCUCAUGUCACAGCCAUGCUCCAGUGCCUGGAAGCAGUGGAACAGAACAACCCUCGCCUCCUGGCUCAGAUCGAUGUGUCCAUGUUUGCCAGAAAGCAUGAGAGCCCACUCCUGGUGACAAAAAGCCAGAGCCUGACAGCCCUGCCCAGUUCCACGUACACCCCUCCAACCAGCUAUGCUCAGCAUUCCUACUUGGGGUCCUUCUCCAGCCUUCACCAGUCUGUGCCCAACAAUGGCUCAGAGAGAAGAUCUACUUCCUUUUCACUCUCUGGCCCUCCGCGGAAACCUCAAGAAAGCAGAGGGCACAUCUCACCAGCAGAGGAUCAAACCAUCCAAGCCCCCCUGGUUUCAGUCUCUGCAGUAGCCAGGGAUUCCCUCUUGACCCCGAAUGACAUGAGCUCCAGUACUCUGCCCAGCCCCAUAGAGGCAUCCUGGGUCAGCAGCCAGAAUGAUUCCCCCAGUGAUGCCAGUGAGGGGCCUGAGUACCUGGCCAUCGGCAACUUGGACCCCCGAGGCCGGACUGCCAGCUGUCAGAGUCACAGCAGCAAUGCUGAGAGCAGCAGCUCCAAUUUGUUCUCCUCCAGCAGCUCCCAGAAGCCAGAUUCUGCUGCAUCUUCCUUAGGGGACCAGGAAGGAGGUGGGGAGAGCCAGCUGUCCAGUGUCCUCCGCAGGUCCAGCUUCUCCGAGGGGCAGACACUCACCGUCACCAGUGGGGCAAAGAAGAGCCACAUUCGCUCGCAUUCAGAUACCAACAUCGCCUCCAGAGGAGCUCCAGGAGGCCCCAGGAAUAUCACCAUUAUAGUUGAAGAUCCCAUUGCAGAAUCCUGCAAUGAUAAGUCGAAGCUGAGAGGCUCCUUGCCCUACUCUGGUCAAAGCAGUGAAGUCAGCUCACCCAGCUCUCUGUACAUGGACUAUGAAGGCAGUCGGUACCUGGGCUCUGAAGGCAUGUUCCGAAGACCGUCAGAAGGACAGUCCCUCAUCAGCUACCUCUCUGAACAAGACUUUGGCAGCUGUGCAGACCUGGAGAAGGAGAAUGCCCACUUUAGCAUCUCAGAGUCCUUAAUUGCUGCCAUCGAGCUAAUGAAGUGCAACAUGAUGAGCCAGUGCCUAGAAGAGGAGGAAGUGGAAGAGGAAGACAGUGACAGAGAGAUCCAGGAACUGAAGCAGAAGAUCCGCCUUCGGCGCCAGCAAAUCCGCACCCAGAAUCUGCUCCCGGUGUACCAGGAGACUGAGCACGGAAGCUUUCGGGUCACCUCUAGCAGCUCCCAGUUCAGUUCACGUGAUUCGGCACAGCUCUCUGACUCUGGCUCUGCUGAUGAGGUUGAUGAAUUUGAAAUCCAAGAUGGUAGUGAAGGAUCUAACCUGACUCGCAUGUCAAAGAACGGACUCUCAGUGUCAAUGGCCUCCAUGUUCUCAGAUGCCGACAUCAGAAGGAACGCAGCCUCAAGCAGCAAAUCCUUCAUUUCCUCCCAGUCCUUCUCCCACUGCUUCCUGCACUCCACCUCUGCUGAGGCGGUGGCCAUGGGGCUUCUGAAGCAGUUCGAGGGGAUGCAGCUUCCAGCUGCCUCAGAGCUGGAGUGGCUUGUCCCGGAGCAUGAUGCCCCUCAGAAGCUCCUGCCCAUCCCGGACUCACUGCCCAUCUCACCAGAUGACGGGCAGCAUGCUGACAUCUACAAGCUGCGUAUUCGUGUUCGUGGCAACUUGGAAUGGGCCCCACCCCGGCCUCAGAUAAUUUUUAAUGUUCAUCCAGCCCCAACGAGGAAGAUUGCUGUGGCCAAGCAGAAUUACCGCUGUGCAGGCUGUGGCAUCCGGACUGACCCUGAUUAUAUCAAGCGACUGCGGUACUGUGAGUACUUGGGCAAGUACUUCUGCCAGUGCUGCCAUGAGAACGCCCAGAUGGCCAUCCCCAGCCGGAUCCUGCGCAAGUGGGACUUCAGCAAAUAUUAUGUCAGCAAUUUCUCCAAGGACCUGCUCAUCAAGAUCUGGAGUGAUCCUCUCUUCAAUGUUCAGGACAUAAACAGCGCCCUCUACAGGAAGGUCAAGCUGCUCAACCAAGUGCGACUGCUGCGGGUCCAGCUGUAUCACAUGAAGAACAUGUUCAAGACAUGCCGACUGGCUAAAGAGCUUCUGGAUUCCUUUGACACAGUCCCAGGCCACCUGACGGAGGAUCUCCACCUGUACUCACUGAACGACCUGACUGCAACCAGGAAGGGGGAGUUGGGGCCCCGGCUUGCUGAGCUCACCAGGGCGGGGGUUGCCCACGUGGAGAGAUGCAUGCUCUGCCAAGGCAAGGGCUUCAUCUGUGAGUUCUGUCAGAAUGAGGAUGACAUCAUCUUUCCCUUUGAGCUGCAUAAGUGCCGGACAUGUGAAGAGUGUAAAGCGUGUUACCAUAAAGCCUGCUUCAGGUCUGGACGCUGUCCGCGGUGUGAGCGGCUGCAGGCCCGGCGGGAGUUGCUGGCCAAGCAGAGCCUGGAGUCCUACGUGUCGGACUAUGAGGAGGAGCCUGCAGAAGCACUGGCCGUGGAAGCCACCGUCCUGGAGACCACCUGAAGGAAGCACAUCAAUCCUCCAUCUGGGGCCAGGGUCAGACAUUUUGCAGAACUGAGCCACACUUUGAAGGACUUGCCCCACUUGGGCCUUUUUUUUUUUUUUAAUUAUCAUCAUCUUUUUUUUAAUGACUUGUGUGACGUCCAUGUGUGGUCAGCCUUUGGUAGGCUGAUAGGGUCCAGUCUGUGGUGACAGGUAAUUUGUAAGCACCAGGUGUUUUCAUGAGGACUGAUAUGUGGGUCCUUAAGUGAAGCUUCUAGUGCCUCUGUCUGGAGCAGAAAGCAAGAGCCAGUUCUUCCAGCGUCUGUGACCUCGUCCACUAGGACCAGACCAGGUUUCCCCUGCAUGUCAAGUAUCAGUUCCAAUUUUCCUUUGAGUCCUGGAGCUUCUGAGCCAGCCCUUUCUCAACCACCUCUCCUCUGCUGCUGAAAUGGGAGAGUUUUCUCUCUCCCUGCCCUGGACUAGAGUCAGACUGUGCCCUGAGGAGAAGCAGCGGAGAGUGGGACUACGUCGUGGGCAUUUUGUCUGUGUAUUUGGGUAUUUUGGGGGCCAUAGAACAGAGUCCUAACUAUCUUAGACUCCUCAGAGAGGCAGCCGUGAGCGUUCCUAUGUUGGGAUUUCCUGUUUGAAACCGUUGAGGCCUAGAUGAUGUGACAGACACAGACUGACUUUCAUCUGCCCUGGUGAGCCUGAAGCAAAGAGCAGAACUGCUGCUUCGGCCAGGCCACUUUUCCUUGUGUGCCACAAGCACACGCGAGGCCACAGCCCUGGCUUGAGGAGCGCCGACUCAAUUAGAGGAGCUGUUGGCCCCUCUUAGUGUUCAGGUCUCUCUUAGUCACUGGCUCUUUGGUGCAGGUAUGAUCUUUGAGCUCAGGCAGGUCCCCGAUGCCAUCCUAAGGUGAGGACAGAAACCCCACCCGCUAUCUCAUUCACGUGUCCCUGACUACUGUGUCCUUUGUUAGAUGGUCGUUGUGGUUCUGGGUAAAAGUACAACCCGACUGCAUUCUCCCUUCCCUUCCUGCAGCAGAGGUGGGCCCUUCCCUGGCGGCCGAGUCUCUCUUGCGUUAGCUUCUUUUGUCAAAGUUGGAGAAAAGCUUCCUGCUGUUAGUGGUGUUGCAGAACGUGACCAUUUGCGGAUGUCAGUGUGAAUGUUCUUGUGUUCUUGGGAUAAACAAGAGCCUUUAUGCCAAUUAUGCACUUAACUCUUUUUUUUUUGAGAUUGAGUUUUGCUCUUGUUGCCCAGGCUGCAGUGCAGUGGCGCAAUCUCAGGAGGUUCACCGCAACCUCCGCCUCCCGAGUUCAAGCGAUUCUCCUGCCUCAGCCUCCCGAGCAGCUGGGAUUACGGGCGUGCACCACCACGCCCAGCUAAUGUUUGUAUUUUUAGUAGAGACAGAGUUUCUCCAUGUUGGUCAGGCUGGUCUUGCAUUCCUGACUUCAGGUGAUCCUCCCAUGUCAGCCUCCCAUCAUGCUGGGAUUACAGGCGUGAGCCACUGCGCCUGGCCUAUGCACUUAACUCUCUGUCUAGCCUGGUGAUACUUACAUGUUCAGUCGUCCAUUUCAUAUUUCUAAUUUUAGUGUACCCCCUCCCACUUGUAGUGUGUGUUUUGAUGGUUGAAGUCUAGGUGGGACCGUGUAUGUGUUUGUGGUGUUCUUCAAGUUGAUAGAGCUUCUAACCUUUGUGAAGACACUGGUCAGAGUUGCUUCUCCAAGGGCUGGCAGCUCUGUGAACUAAAGCCGGCAGCAUUUUUGUUUUGGGGUUGACUUCUUCCCACAUACCUGUCUUCUCAUAGUUGCUUGCUGGCAGGAAAAAAUUGGUGUAUGCGCUGCCCCUGGAAGCUGAACAGAAAGUUGCAUGUGGUUGGUGGAAGCUGAUGAGAGCCUGAGCUGGAGGUAAUAAGGAAUCUCCCAGGGAAGCAGCAGAGGACUAAGGUAACGGCCACGACUGAGGCUCCCCCAGCGCAGGAGGAACGUGGGAACCGGCCUGUGCUCUUGGUACCUCUGCCGUAGGUUUGGGAUCUGAAAGCCUCAUUGGGCUGGAACACCUUGAGGCUCUUCUCCCUUCAGUUCAUAGUGCGGCUCUAAAAGCCAAGUCCCAGCAGUUUUGAAGGGCUGACUAGAAGUGCCCAUGUCCUUCAGGGAGCUUUAAGAAUGACCCCACAGAACUCAAGUUUCACUAGGGAUUAGGCCCCAGGUUCAGACGCUGGGGUUUAUAAAGAUGUGAGCUCUCCUUCCACCUUUGGUGUAAACUAUACAUCCAGCUCCUUUCUCCAGGUCAUUGUGCUGGAGGAGAAAUGGACUGUCUUGUCCUGCCAGGUCACAUCAGCUCAGGAUCAAGGAUGAAAAUGCCGAGUUUCUGAAGCUGAGCUCGGUGUUGGGCCUUAGAUGCUCCUGACUUGUUUUCUCCGUCCCUCUAGACUGCGUCUGUGUUUGUGCCUGACACUGCUGUCAUCACCGUCCAAAUGCCUGUUCAUUAUUCGAGAGUGGGGAAGCGGGUAGAGGAUGGGAUGUUUUGGAAGCACUUUGCGACUUACAGUAUCUGAAAAUCCCCUGCUGUUGCGGGGAGAAGCUUCGAAUGCACUGAAGAGAAUCCCUCCUAAACGAAGUGGGAGGGUAGUGUUCUUUUUGUAAGUAAAGGAAAAGAAAAACAGCUUGAUUACCAGGUGGAGACAAGAUUCAAGACAUAGCAGAAGAGUGGAAGACAAAUAUUUUCCACUUAAAUGAGGCUGUUUUUGACAUUCUCUGCCAAGGAUUUGGAGCUUUGUUGAAUUAACGUAAAGGAGCGAGUCUCCGUAGAGCUGUUCUGUGUGUGCAGCCCGUGCUCUGAGCGGGGCUUCCACGUGCCGUAGUUUUCACACAGCCUGACGGUUCAUUGUUAUCUUUAAUAAACUAAGGAAAUGAAA